AUGGCCGUUGAGCGCCAGUCUUCGGCCCUUCCACCGGCCCAGCCUAGCUAUAUUCUUCGAGGCCAUGCCUCCCAGAUUCACAAUGUCCAGUUUGUGCGCCAGAACACCCGCUUGCUGACGGGCGAUGCAGAUGGCUGGGUUGUAUUUUGGAAAGUCGAAACGAAACGUGCGCUAGCCGUUUGGAAAGCCCACGAUGGAGCAAUACUAGGAACUGCGGAAUGGGGGAACGAGAAGAUUAUAACCCACGGUCGUGAUAACAGCCUGAGAAUAUGGCAACUGCGACCUGCAGACGAAUCCGCACUUCCCACCGUUCUGCCUGCAGAAAAUGCGGCCGACCAACAGUCGAAGCCAUGGCUGUUACAUACACUUCCCGUCAAUACCCUAAACUUCUGCGCUUUCUCCAUGUGCUUCGAGCGACCACCUGAGACAAACAGAUUGAGCGGCAUCACUCCAGACGCUGUAUUGCCCCUCACAUCCGAUGAUUCUAUCCUUGUGGCUGUGCCCGCCAGAGACGACAAGAAGAUGGAAGUUUACCGAUUCCCAGACGAGAAGCUGAGAUUUGUCGUACCACGAGUGCAGCCUACAGAUACGGGGAUGGCCAUGGCUGUUAGGCUCGUACAUCAUGCAGGUUCGAACAACAUCCUAGUCCUAGCUGGUUUCGAGGGUGGCCUCACGACAAUACAUCGACUACCCCAGAACAAAAGCUCAGGCCUGGAGUUGGCUCAACUCGUCUAUCUAAGCAAACCCCAUACCCAGCCCAUCCUGUCACUGGAUGUAUCGCCUGAUGCCAGAUUUUACUUCACAUCAUCCGCAGAUGCCACCAUCGCCGCACAUCGAAUCCCAGAGCUAACUUCCGAUGUCGAAAACAAGGGGUUUUCCUCCACCGAUGAGCAGAAUGGAAAUGCUCCUUUCUUUCCAACACCUGGAGAAGAAGCAAGCACAUCAGCAGGGACAGAACCAUUUCCUUCUCAGGAGAAUCUGCCGUCUAAACAUCCCCUAAACCUCAGUGCACAAGACGACCCACCACCGGGAGCGGAGCUAUCCACCACCCCAGCAAACCCCCUCGAGUUCGGCAAGCAACCCAUCUCAUCCGCGAAGAUCAGCGCAGCCCCACCCGCCGGCCUCUCCUCGCUCCUCUCUUCCGCACCACCCCUCCCCAGAAUGAAACCCACACCCGCGAUCCUCCCCAACACAACCAUCCAACCACCCUUCAAGACCAGCGAUACGAAACACUCCGGCCAGCAAUCCCUACGCGUGCGCUCCGAUGGUCGCCUCCUUGUAACAGGGGGCUGGGACAGCCGGAUUCGCAUCUACAGCGCCAAGACGCUGAAGGAAGUUGCAGUGCUGAAGUGGCAUAAGGAGGGCGUGUAUGCGGUUGAUUUCGGGGCAGUGCUCGGGGAUGGGGAUGUGAGGGGGGGUGGACAGGAAGUGUGCAGGAAGGAGACUGGGCUGGGAAAGCUGCAGAGGCAGAGGGAGGAGCAGAUGCAGCGGAAGCAUUGGGUUGUUGCGGGGGCCAAAGAUGGCAAGGUCAGUCUUUGGGAGGUGUUCUAG